AGCGACGCCAACGGCUACUGGCGGAACGAGCGCAGGCGGCUCUAGUGGUAGGUGUUCUUUGGUUCCCAUAGUUGUCCGUGGGGCCAAGUUUUAGGAAGAAGCCACUGGUGGCCACGCGAUUCCAUCAGCAUCUGGUGCUGCGCCUGCAAUUGGCGCCGGGGCACAAUGUUGGCUGUGGACUCUGGCCUGGUAUGGGCCCCUGAUGAGCAGGAAGGCUUCAAGCUUGGACGAAUUGUUGACAUCGGUGGCGAAACGGUCACAGUCCUUCUUAAUUGUGGCACUCAGCUUAUUACAGCUCCAUAUAGAAGCGUACAUGCUGCUGAAGAGGACCCGGACAAGGAUGUUGACGACAACUGUGCCCUGAUCUAUUUGAAUGAGGCGACCCUCUUCAACAACAUUAAAGUUCGUUACAGCAAGGACAAAAUCUAUACAUAUGUGGCCAACAUCCUCAUAGCUGUGAACCCGUACUUUGAGAUGCCCCAUUUGUACUCAUCAGAGACAAUCGGGAAAUAUCAAGGAAAAUCUCUUGGAGUGCUUCCUCCUCAUGUGUUUGCCAUUGCGGACAAGGCCUUUCGAGACAUGAAGGUGCUCAAACAGAGCCAGUCCAUCAUUGUAAGCGGAGAGUCGGGAGCCGGGAAGACCGAAUCAACCAAGUACAUCUUGCGCUAUCUCUGCGAGUCGUGGGGAAGCCAUGCAGGACCUAUCGAACAGCGAAUCCUUGAAGCAAACCCUGUGCUUGAAGCAUUUGGAAAUGCGAAAACCAUGAGAAACAACAACAGCAGCCGUUUUGGGAAAUUCAUUGAGAUCCAUUUCAACAGCAAGUGCAGCGUAGUGGGCGGCUUCAUCUCUCACUACCUGCUGGAAAAGUCUCGCAUCUGUGGCCAAAGCAAGGGUGAACGGAACUACCACAUCUUUUACCAACUCUGCGCUGGUGCACCCAAUGAGCUCAGGCAGCAGCUUCGAAUAACCAGCCCUGACGAUUUCCAUUACCUGCGCCAUGGAUGCACUCAGUACUUUUGCUCAUCAGAGUCCGAGAAACUGCUCAAGAACAACUCCCGAUCUAAGGAACACCAAAGCAAGGGACCACUGCGAGACCCAGUUAUUGACGACGCCAAGGACUUCUCAAACCUCGAUCGAGCGCUGCGGCUUAUGGGCCUCACUGAUGAGGAGCGGCUGAACAUCUACGUGGCAGUGGCUGCCGUGUUGCACCUGGGCAACGUCACCUUUGAGGAGAGCCCCGACGACAGCCGCGGGGGUAGCCAGGUGACCCGCGAGUCGGAACAGUCGCUGCGUGUCGCAGCCGCACUGAUGGGUGUCGACCCGGACGAGCUGCGGCAGAGUCUGCUGAGUCGCGUCAUGCAGACCAGCAAGGGCGGCCUCAAGGGCACCGUGUACAUGGUGCCCCUGAAGGCGUACGAAGCAAACAAUGCACGUGAUGCCUUGGCCAAGGCUGUCUACUCUAAGCUGUUUGACUUGAUUGUGCGGCGCAUUAACCAGAGCAUUCCAUUCAGCUCAUCAUCCCACUACAUUGGUGUGCUUGACAUUGCUGGAUUCGAGUACUUCCAGGUGAACAGCUUUGAGCAGUUUUGCAUCAACUACUGCAAUGAAAAGCUGCAGCAGUUCUUCAAUGAAAGGAUCCUCAAAGAGGAGCAAGCAUUGUACGAAAGAGAAGGCCUGUCUGUAAAGAAGAUUGAGUACGUAGACAACCAAGACUGCAUUGACUUGCUCGAGGGCAAGGGCACGGGCAUCUUCGACCUGCUGGACGAAGAGAGCAAGCUUCCUCGUUCCAGCCACACCCACUUCACGUCGGUGCUGCACAGCACACACCCCCGACAUUUCCGGCUGGCUGUGCCCCGAAAGUCUAAGCUCCGAGACCACCGAGAGAUCACCGACGACCAAGGAUUUCUCAUCAGGCACUUUGCAGGCGCUGUGUGUUAUGAAACGGCCAAGUUUGUGGAGAAGAACAAUGAUGCGCUGCAUGCAUCCCUGGAGGGCCUGGUGCAGGAGACACAGAACAGCUUCCUGCGGGCCCUGUUUGACGAGAAGCAGUCCAAGGGGGGCAAGCUGUGCUUCAUCAGCGUCGGCAACAAGUUCCGCAGUCAGCUGCAGGCUCUCAUGCACAAGCUGCAGCAGACGGGCACCCACUUUGUGCGCUGCAUCAAGCCCAACCUGCGCAUGGUCGACCACUGCUUCGAAGGCGGCCAGAUUCUCUCGCAGAUCAAGUGCUCAGGAAUGACCUCUGUGCUUGAGCUGAUGCAGCAGGGCUACCCAUCGAGGGCACCCUUUUUGGACCUCUACAACAUGUACAAGCAGUACCUGCCACCGGAGCUGUCUCGCCUGGACCCCCGCCUUUUUUGCAAGGCCCUGUUCAAGGCCCUGGGUCUAAAUGAGAAGGACUUCAAGUUUGGCCUGACCAAGGUGUUCUUCCGGCCUGGCAAAUUUGCCGAGUUUGACCAGAUUAUGAAGUCUGACCCGGAAAACCUAGCCCAACUUGUGUGCAAGGUGCAGAAAUGGCUCCUGGCUUCAAGGUGGAAGAAAGCCCAGUGGUGUGCACUGGCUGUCAUCAAACUCAGGAAUAAGAUAAUCUUUCGACGUGAGAACCUUGUGGUGAUUCAGAAGACGAUCAAGAUGCAUCUGGUGAAACGGAAGUACAGGCCCAGGUACCGGUGCAUGAUGAAGCUGAGAGCACUCCGCCAGCAAGUGCUGCAGAUGUCUAACCUUGCUGCUCAGCUGAAGAAAGAUGGUCAGCAAAGUAAAGCAGAGAUCCAAGCCUUGGAAGCCAAGAUCACUGGAACUAUGAUGCGCAUAAAGGAAGGGCGAAUGGGCAACGAGGACAUGGAGAAGGAGCAGAAUGAGCUGAUCAUGGCCGCUACACAGCUAAUGAAUGCCCUGAACCAGCGCAUUCAAAUGCAGAAGGUGGCUGAAGAGCACAUGCGCCGCGUGCAGCUGGAAAUGGAGCAGGCACGCCAGCGAAAGGAGGAAGAGGAACGACGCCAGCGGGAGGACGAGGAGAACCGGCAGAGAAAAAUUCAGAUGGAAGCUGCCCGCAAGGCCGAGGAGAAAGCAAAGCAGCUGGAAGAUGCUCGAAUGGCGCAAGUAUUGCAAGAGAAACUCCUCCUGGAACAGAAGGAAGAGCACGUGAGGAACCAACUAAUUGAGCAGGAGUCGCGGGACCAUGAGCUUGCCCUCCGGCUCGCCCAGGAGAACAACAGUGUGGUGGAAGACGUGGGAACCCCAGUCUUGCCAGUUAGGUCACAGGCCAAGGCUAAAUCGGAAGGCAAGUUUGACUUGUCCAAGUGGAAGUAUUCUGAGCUAAGAGAUGUCAUCAACACCUCAUGUGACCUGGAGCUUCUGGCAGCCUGCCGUGAAGAGUUUCACAGAAGGCUCAAAGUGUACCAUGCGUGGAAGAGCAAAAAUUCCAAGAAGGCUGAUGCCCCGCAGAUCAGAGUUCCUGUUUCACUCCAGAAUCGAGGCUCCAUCUCACCGGGACCCCAAAUGUUGAGCGAGGAAAAUCGUCAGCGUUACUUCCGCAUUCCCUUCCGCAAAGAUGGAAGCAGCAGUGGCCUCUGGUUUGCUCACUUUGACGGCCAGUACAUCGCUCGGCAGAUGGAGCUGCAUCCAGGCCGGCCCCCCGUUUUGCUUAUCGCUGGACGUGAUGAUAUGCAGAUGUGUGAACUCAAGCUUGAAGAGACCGGCCUGGCCCGGAAACGAGGAGCCGAGAUCUUGGAGCACGAUUUUGAUGCUGAGUGGGCAAAGCAUGGCGGGCCAGUCUACGCUCCACUGUCCACAAGGCAGAACAGCAUCUGUAAAAGCUUGGAUCAAACUUGAGUGUCGCUAUUUUUUAGAUCUCAUCGAUAGAACAGUUCGUAGGCCACUGUAGUGUUUGGUUGCAGCACUUUUGCUAUUGCUUUCGCUUACUACUUGCUUGAAUGCAUCCUUUUCUUUGUACCUAUGCAUAACCCUUUUUUUCCACAGCUGUCUCUAUUUGCUACUUCAAAAGCCUCAACAUUGACAGAGUGUUCGUGGCCACCUUUAGCUCUGGAAGUUUUUGUUUGUUUUCUUUGUUGUUGUUGUGGUUUUUUUUUUUUUUUUUUUUUUUUUUUUUUUUUUUUUUUGCCAGUAGCUUACUGGGCAGCUAACUCCACAACUUUCAUUUCAGUGCUUUCAAAAAGCUUGGUGAUUUGUUGCAAGAUAUUUAUGACAUCAGGAAUCUCGGUGCUAUCUCUAUUAUUACUAGUGCAAUUGAUUAUUUGAAUACAGCCUUUUAUAAGGACAUAUAUUUGCACGCUCUUGUUGUACUCGGUUGUGGUUCCUUUUAUUUUACCGCAUUUUGUUUGUGCAUUUUCCUAAGUGAUACUCUGUUAAUGUUUUCUGGCCCAACUGUCUCACUCUGACCACAAUAAAGAACUGUGUGGGGGCUAAAUAUCCCAGCCGCUUCAAUGGCCUUGUAUACUAACAAGUUUGUAUGACAAGAGCCGGUAUGAGUGUGGCAGUGGUGUUCUACAUGCACUAAAGAGCUCACACAGGCAAGCAAGUGCAAAAGUGGUUACAUCUGCUAUGUCAAUGUUGACACUCACUAGUUAGGAAGCUGGAAAAAUGAAUAAAACAUAACA